AUGCCGAUGAAACUCGAAGGAAGCUGCCAGUGCGGCGGCGUCGAAUUCGAACUCGAGUCCCACACGCCUGUGCCUUAUCAGCUGUGCGCGUGCAGCAUCUGUCGCAAAGUCGGUGGCUACAACGGGUGUGUGAAUCUGGGCGGUAUUGCCGACUCGCUCAAGAUCAAGAAGGGGAAAGAGCUUAUCAAGAAAUACACUGCCAUCAAAGACCGCGGCAAGCCCAACCAGCAGCGGUGUUCCUCCGAAAGGAACUUUUGCUCCAACUGCAGCACCAUGCUCUGGCUGUGGGAUCACCACUGGCCCGAACUGAUCCAUCCGUUUUCGUCCGCCAUCGACACCGAGCUCCCGGUGCCGGAUGAGAUGGUUUGCAUCAUGGCAGACUCCAAGCCCGCCUAUGUGCGCUGGCCCGAGGGGAAGAAGAGUGUGCAUGAGACGUACAACGAGGACAGUUUGGAAGAGUGGCAUAAGAAGCAUAAUCUCUUUGUCAAAUAA